UGAGUUCUCAAGUUUGUUCGACAUCAAACGAAGUUGUGAAUGAGUUGUAUGCACUUGCCUGUGGCCCGGACCGUCGAGUAAAUUCAUAUCAAAGGUGUGUUACUAAUGGGGUUCGGUUCAACACAAACGAGAGGGAUGAUCGUUACACUACUCAAAAUAGUGGAGUGUGUGUAUUUGGUGGAGAUGAUAAUGAGAGAUCCGACUUCUAUGGUAUUAUUAAGGAAGUGAUAGAAUUGAAGUACAUUAAAGACAAACGAGUUCUUCUAUUUAGGUGCGAUUGGUAUGAUACAAAUCCUAAGAAAAAUCAUGUUCGUCAAAAUAAUAACUUUACAAGCAUAAACACGUGUCACUUAUGGUAUAAGGAUGAUCCGUUUAUACUUGUUUCUCAAGCACAACAAGUAUUUUAUGUUGGUGAUCUUCAAUUAGGUAAUGGAUGGAAAGUAGCUCAAAAAAUUCAACAUAGACAUUUAUGGGAUGUGCCUGAAGUAGAAGAGAUUGAUUUAGUUGAAGUCGAUAUCAAUCAAUGUGUAGUAGAUGAAGUGAAUCUCGAGACACAAACAUUUCAUAGAUCAGACAUAGAUCCAAGUAUAGUAUCCGACAAUACUAGUACAAUUGAGAUAGUAUUAAAUUUUGAUGAAGUACAAGACGAAAUAGAGGACGAGGACGAGGAUGAAGAUGAAUAUGAUGAAACAACAUCGUCGGAUGAAAUCGAUGACUCUGAUAUUGACGAGUAAUCCUAUAUGGUAUAUUAUAUGUUUUGUAAAUUUAUAAUUUGUAUUUUGGACUAAUCCUAACAACUUGUGUUCUGUUUUCUUAUUUUCAUUUUUUAGACAUAAUGUCAUCAGAUAGCGAAGGUGACGAUACCAUCGCUGGAAUCACACGAGCACGAGGGAAACUCGUGGCGAAUUCUUGUUACGAGUCGUAAAUCGAGUUGGAAAAAUCAAGCUCGAAUGGACGGAGCAACAGGGGAGACCGGUUGGACCUGGGUCGGCUUCAUUUAACAGUGAAAUAGGUUAUCUUGCACGCAACUAUAUUGAUGUGAAGUGUGCAAAGAAAAAAGAGAUAACGGUCCUUAAUAAAAUUGUUCAGAUGUUAUUGGAGAAGUUUGUUGUCGAUAUAUCUCAGCCACAUGUGCAUAGGUAUAUUUUAUACGAGAUUGGAACUCGAUUCAAGGAUUAUAGAGCGAAACUAUAUCGACACUACAAAAAGGUACGUGAUCUAGCACGUGCUCGCCAAAAGCCGUAUAAAGAUAUUAAACAAGAAGACUGGAACAUAUUAUGUGAUAAAUUGGAAUCUCUGGCAUGGAAGGAAAAAUCUGCAAAAAAUAAGGUGGCCCGUAGUAAAUUGAGGUUCAAUCAUCGAGGUGGACCAAAACCAUUUCAGUGUCAUCGAGAAGAUUCGGAAGAAAUGAUUACCUUAAAAGCGUAUCAUGCUUCUCAAGGAGACGAAAAAACAGAAGAAGAAAUAAUGGAGACAGUCCUUGGGAAAAGAUCGAACUAUGUAAUAGGAAUGGGAUAUGGACCGAAACCCACCAGAAAUAAAGGAUCAUCAUCAAAAUACUCUGAUGAAUAUGUGGAGUCAUUAGAGGCUCGUCUUCAGAAGCAUGAGGAAGAAAUGGCAAGGACCACCCAAGAACAAAUACAGAAAGCAUUGGAGGCCCAAAGUCAGGAGUUUAAUAGGAAACUUCUCGAAAUGCAACAAAUGUUUCUUUCGGGGGGAGGAAGUUCAUCGACUAGUAAGGAUUGAUAAUGCAAGGAUGGUAGAAGCUUAGAGGUUGGGGAGGGUUAUUUGUGUGAAUUUAGUUAGACGUUUGACUUUAUUUUUCUUUUGUAAUUUGAUUUUAAAAUGAG